AAAACCGGGGAAGUCUAUCCUUCCAGCAAAACCGUGGACUCCUGCCCGGUCUCAGCUUAGCACCUAGUCAAAGUUCUCUGCAACUUCUCGUCCCUUCCCUUUCUACCGUUCAAUUUUGACUCAUCCCAAACUCCAAGCAGCCAGACUCUUCAAAAAGAAAGAACAGCUAGUGAACCUAGAUCCUGAUCCAAAUUCGCUAUCAAUUUCUUCAAGAAAACUCGCCUCCUUCAACUGUAGGUGUGUGUAAUUUUCCGUCUGUGAAAGAUUCUGUUCUUCUAGUUCGUUGUUGCGGCGGCUUACGAUUAACGAUUUACUAUCAUUGCGGCCGUAUUUCACAUCUUUGAUUUGAGAAAUGGAAUCAAUUCUCGCUUCUUCUUCUGUGCUGCCGUCUGCUCUUCCCGCCGGGGAGUACGAGGUUUUCCUGAGCUUCCGGGGUCCCGACGUUCGCAAAACGUUUGCCGAUCAUCUCUACACCUCUCUAUACCGUUCCAAAAUUCGCACAUUCAGGGACGAGGAAGAGCUAUGCAAGGGAGAAGGGAUUGCCCCUUCCCUAGUCCAGGCCAUCCCCAAUUCCAAGAUCUACAUCCCUAUUUUAACCAAGCAGUACGCUUCCAGCAAAUGGUGUCUUCAAGAAUUGGCUCAAAUGGUGGGGUGCUGGAAGCAAAAGAAGGGACACCUCAUCCUUCCCAUUUUCUAUUUUGUCGACCCUAGAGAUGUGAGGCAUCAACAUGGCUCUUAUCAGGAAGCCUUUGUACAGCAUGCCCAGAAACAUAGCCCCGAAACUGUGAACGAAUGGAAGGAAGCACUUCAAGAGGUUGGGCAAAUGAAAGGAUGGCAUGUCACUGAAUCCGACAGUCAGGGAGCUAUAAUAGAACAAAUCCUUUCUGAAGUUGAGUUGCAUUUGAGGGGCAUUUACACCUUAGUGACUGAUGAGUUGGUUGGAAUCGAUAGUCACGUGGAAGAAGUGAUGACAUUAUUGAAUUCAUCCUCUUCUAUAGGGAAAGUCGUUGGUAUUCAUGGCAUGGGUGGUUUAGGUAAAACCACUCUAUCUAAAGCUGUUUAUAACAAGAUUUGCACUCAAUUUGAACGUUUUUGUUUCUUGGAAGAUGUACGGGAAACAUUGACAAAUAGCGAAGGAGCUCUUUCUUUACAAAAUAAGCUUAUCUCGAGCAUUUUGAAGAAGGAUUAUCAUCAAGUUAGUAAUGUUAGUGAAGGAAUCAACAUGAUAAAGGAAAGGGUUUGCAAGCACAAGGUGCUUAUUGUUAUUGAUGAUAUAGAUGGUAGGUUUGAAUUUGAUAAGAUUAUAGGAAGUUUAGGUGAUUUUUCGUUUGAUAGCAGAUUUAUGUUUACAACAAGAUAUAAAAGAGCUUUAGAUUUCUUCCCAAAAUGUAAAUUGUAUGAAAUAGGAGAAAUGAGUCAUCCUUUGUCCUUGCAACUUUUUAGUAAACAUGCUUUUGGGAUGGACAGUCCUCCAAUGGAAGAUUCUGCUAUAUCUGAGGAAUUCGUAAAAGUUGCUGCUGGACUUCCUUUAGCUCUUAAAGUGAUAGGAUCACUUUUGUUUCGUAGAGAGAGGAAAUUUUGGGAAGAAAAGCUGAUAGAGUUACAAGGAAUACCUUCUACUACCGAAAAUAAGGUGCAAGAGAGAUUGAAGAUAAGUUACAACGAUUUGUCGCACAAUGAGAAACAAAUCUUCCUUGACAUAGCUUGUUUUUUUGUCGGUACCCACAAAGAUUUAAUCUACUACAUGUGGAGUGGUUGUGAUUUCUAUCCAGAAAGUGGGAUCACCACUCUUAUCCACAGAUCGUUGAUGAAACUUGACGAAGGAAAUCAUUUUUGGAUGCACGAUCACAUCAAAGAUCUUGGAAGAGCCAUUGUUAGAGAGGAAGAUAUUCAACAUCCAUACAACCGUAGUAGGAUAUGGUCAACCGACGAUGCCCUUGAUAUGUUAAGAAAUACAAAGGGAACUGAACGGGUAGAAGUUCUUAGAGUGGAUGUCAAAUCUAGAGAACAUGAAAAAGAACUUAAAAGCGUGGAUUUUAAGGAUUUAUCAGGUUUACGGUACCUGGAGGUGCGAUAUGGAAGCAUAAUGGGGGAUUUCAGCCAGGUUCUUCCAAAUUUAUGUUGCCUUCGAUUGCCACAUUGUGACUCAAUCCCAUCUGAUAUCUACAUGAAGAAAUUGGUAGUUCUUGAUUUGAAGGAAUGCAAUGUGAAAGAUAAUUGGAGGGGCUGGAAUCGAAUAAAGGCAGCAGCGAAGCUGAAAGCUGUAAAUUUACCCCAGUGUUCUCGGCUGAGAAAAGCACCCGACUUGUCCACAUGCACAAGUUUGGAGUUCAUAAAUUUUGGGUCUUGUCGCCAUAUGGAAGGAGAACUGCACAUUGGUACUUUCAAGAAUUUGAAAAGGCUGAGUCUUCGUUGGACCAAUAUAACUGAGUUAAUCAUUAGGGGAAAUGAUAUUGGAAAGUUUCGACGACUAGAGGAGCUGGACUUGACGUCCACCUGUUUGAGAGAAUUGCCUGCUGGGAUGGAAAACUUACCCUCUCUCAAAAGCCUACUGUUGGAAUCAGGAAAAUCCUGGGAGUUCCUGAUGAAGGAGAUACCCAGGCUCCCGAGGAGUAUAAAGAGGUUAACCAUUUCACCUCCAUCUACAGUUCCAAAUCUGUUAGAGCUCACGGAGUUGGAGUCCCUGAGCUACCUCAGAGGUAAUAUUCCUUGUAUCCCUGAAGACUUAUGGCUGUUGUGCGAUUAUAUCGAGGUAUUUACUCCGAUGGCUGGAGGCCUUUUGAAUGAGCUCCCCAGCCUAGCAAAUCUGCGCAAUCUUACCCAACUCACACUCAUGCAUAUCGGGGUGGUCGAAAUCCUGGGCCUGGGAGAGCUUCGGGUGCUGGAGACACUGGUGAUAUCCUAUUCCCCGAAUCUGAUCAACCUCCACGGACUUGAGAAUCUGAUUUUCCUCAAGAACCUGUACGUGGGAACGUGCUCUGCGCUAGAGAGAUUGCCGAGUGUAAUGAAUUUGAUCAAGCUGAAGUUAUUGGUGGUUUACGAGUGCCCGGUUCUCGUAGAAAUUCAAGGUCUGGGUGGCCUUGGGGAGUCUUUAUCCCGUCUGUUAAUCGGAGGAUGUCCUAGCUUGGCCAACUAUGAUGGACUUCAACUUCUGGGAGCAUUGGAGUAUCUUACUUUUCAGGAACAAUCGUUUUGUCUCCAUGGCAAGGAAUCAUUUCCGGAUCUCUCUGGCCUCUUUAAUCUCAAGCAGUUGAAACUGCGCUGCUGUCUGGAGUUAACAGAGCUUACAGGAUUUGAGAGAUUGAUGUCUCUAGAACGGUUUACUAUGAAAGAAUGCAACUCCAUUCGAAAUCUGCCUGAUCUGUCUGGGCACGGGAAUCUCAAAACAUUGAACAUCAGAUUUUGCGACAGCCUGAUUAAUCUCACGGGCAUCGAGAGAUUGGAGUCUUUGCGGGAGAUAGAGAUACAUGACUGCAAUUCGAUUACGAAGCUGCCAAACUUAUCGGGCUUGAAGAAUUUGGAGCUGUUGAAUCUUAGCAAAUGCACAGCCUUGACUGAGGUCCAGGGGGUGGAGGGAUUGGAGUCAUUAACAAUACUGCAGAUGGGUAAUUGCAGGUCAAUAAAGGCGUUGGGAAACCUGUCUGGUCUCAAGAAAUUGGAGUUACUUGAUAUUGAGGGAUGCACAAAAUUGACCAAGGUGAAUGGGCUUGAGGAGCUGGAUGGGUUACGGUACAUGGAUAUGGGGAAAAGAAUGAGAGUGAAGUACUUGGCGAAGUCGGCUGCGAGAUAUGGCAAGGGACUGCUUUCCGGGUCUCUCAGCAACUGGUGAUGGCGGAAGGACCUCUCUCCCUCCUGUUCUAUUUUGGUAAAGCCAUAUAUGGAUUGCACAAGCUUGAUCAAUGCCUUCACCGAGAAUGGCAGAUUGGAGUCGUUGCGGUUGCGACGGAUGUGUGAUUGUUGGUCCAUUAAGGAGCUGCCAAACUUAUCCAGCUGCAAGAUUUCGGAGGAAUUGGAACUGUCACUGCAUAACACACUGCUGAGUUCAAAGGAAUCGAGGGGUUGGAGUCAUUGACAAAGUUGUUCAUGUAUGUUGCACGUCAAUAAAAGAGUUGAGAAAUCUCUCUGGUUUCAAGAAAUUGAGGGAGCUGGAUAUAGAGGGAUGCAAGAGAUCGACUAAGGCACCAAGGUGAACAAGGAUGGGUUACGGCUCCUAGACAUGGGGAUAAUGAUGAUCUAAAGUAUUUGGCAAAUGUGGCGAGAAAAAGGGACUAGCCUCACGGUUCAUUGUGGGGUUCCCAGGAGUUGCUGAUGACACUACUUCCAGAGCGGGAGCAGAAGUGGGAGCUUCAGAGUCUAUGUUGUCCUUGGAGCAUUGAAUAUUGAAAGUUUAGAAAGAGAUUGUGUACUCACAUUGGUCCUGCCAUUAGUUAGAGUUUAACAAAUAAGGGGUCAUUCUGCAAUGACACAUGCUCACAUGGAAAAUUGUAGGAAAAAAAAAAAAUUAAAUUCAAUACUAGAUGUCAACGUUUUAUAUUCUGAAAAUGGUGUAUUACAAGAAUAUGUAUAUUAAGAUUAUGCGUGUAUGAAGAAUGUGU